ACGAAAACAUUGGAAAAGCAGCAACAACAAAAAAGUUGUAGUGCUUCGAGAAGAAAAAGGGAAUAUGGAAGGAGUCCUGCUGUUGUGAACGAUUCAUCCUCCCCGAUGGAACUGAUACAGGACUACGAGCAACAGUACGCCGUGCAGACGGCCGAAAUUACCGCCCAGAUUGGCCGAAUCGCACACGCCAGUGGAGCGGAACGCAACAAACUGAUCUCGGACGUCGAUCGGCAGCUGGAAGAAUCGCAAGAGCUGCUGGAACAGAUCGGGCUAGAGAUACGCGACAUUCCGCAGAACUCGCGGGCCGCUUACACCUCCCGGCUGAACUGCUACCAGGCGGAAUGGAAACGGUUGCAGCAAGAGUUCAACAACGCGAAGGUGGCCCGGUCGAAGGCCGGGUACGACUCGUCGGUGGAUGAUUUCGACGAGAUCGGCAUACAGGAGGACCAGAAACGGCGGCUGCUGGACAAUACGGAGCGGAUGGAGCGCACCAGCAACUAUCUGAACGAUGCGUACCGCAUUUCGGUCGAGACGGAGCAGAUCGGUACGCAGGUGCUUGCGGACCUUAGCCAGCAGCGUGAAACCAUUCAACGGUCACGGGGAAGGCUACGCGAGACGGAUGCUGAUUUGAGCCGCUCGUCCCGAAUCCUCAACUCGAUGAUAAUGCGCGCAAUGCGCGAGAAGUUCAUACUGGUCGUUGUGGUCGUUGCUAUAUUUCUGGUCCUUAUCUUAAGUAUUUAUUUCUCGAUAUCGUAAUCAGUAUCUGGGCUGAAUGGUGUUCCGAUGAUUCACCUUUCGACGUCGAUCGGUGCGAGAUUAGGUUCGUGUUCCGGAUUGAGUUGGGGGACGUAUUAUUAGGUAGGGUAAUGAUUUUAUUUCAAUUGUUGGUUUUAUGUUUGUGAUACUUGAUUCCCCGCGGCUUCUUUUCCACCCUUCGAAAAGCUACCGUAUGUAUUGUGAAGAUUUUGUUUACGUUCGUUUCAGCUAUAGCUCAGUUUUAACUAAAUCAUCACCAAACUCGUACCACGGUUGCAAACAGUGCAAACUGCACGCGCUAAACUAAUGCAAAGUUUAUGUAUAUGUACAAUAAAAACCAUUCCAAUUUGAAGGAAAA